UAACCACCCUACAGUGUUAGCCAUAACUUCAAUGUGUCUUAUUUCUGGUCCAUCGUGAUGGAAUGAAUUGAAUUAUGCGCUAUAGUAAUGCAUUUCGGCUACAAAGUGCAGUGUUUAUUGUUUAACAAACGUGAUAUUUUCCGCUCACAGAGAAUGUGUUAUAUGUGUAACUGAACUGAAAUACAAAUAAUGCUCUUAUAGUGAAUUUUGUUUUAAACGUUAUUAUUAGUAUUAUUUUUCUUGUUGUUGUUUUUGUUGUUGCUGCUGCUGUUGGAAAUACAUUUAUAUUGUGUGGUAUUUAUUAGAUAGGAUAUAAAUACUACGUUAUGCUAUACUCCGUUCCUUUUCAAAAAUCUAUUUUCUUUGAACAGUUGUCAAUGAUCUGCAGUAGCCUAUUAGCUAGCUGUGUUGCUCUAGCCCUGUUGCCCUAAAGAAGAUUGUGUGGAUUAUGCAUCGGGGGUGGGGUCUGAGACGGAUUAGAACAUUUUCUCGCGCUGCUGCGUUGGUGUGAAAAAACUUGUAGUUUGCUAUGCGCGGCGGAUGUGUGUCGGGGAAGUCGGGCGUUUGCAAAAGUUUCGUUUGAGAAAGAAUUAAUUGGUUACAGUAGCUCAUGUGUCAGGCAGUCAGAGGCAAGCCGCGAGGAUGCCUGAAAGAGUGUUCGCUUUACCGAGGCAACAGUCUCUGCUUCUCCCGGCUGUGCUUAACCCGUUUGUGCACAAUGUAAAAUUGACAAAGGCUGAAAAAAUCAAAUGUGUACUCUUGGGAGUCUUCCUUGUCCCUGUCCGCACCAUCUGUCUGCUGAUCGUCGUUAUGGUGACAUGGCCCGUAGCUGCCGUCACUACGUUCAUGCACCCAGUCAAAGGAGCCAUCAAACCCCUGGAUGGCUGGAGAAGGUUCCUGUGCCAAAACGUACUAGCCCGUUUGGGGCGCCUCUUCUUCUUCUGCUUCGGCUUCCGGGUGACGGUGAAGGGCGAGAGGGCGAGCAGCGAGGUUGCACCAGUUUUGGCUGUGGCGCCCCACUCUGGCUUCUUUGAUGCCAUCGUGUGCCUUGUGGCUGGAUUACCCUCUACUGUGUCCCGUUUGGAAAACUUGGCCACGCCCAUAUUUGGAAGGUUCCUACGGUGUCUGCAGCCGGUGCUGGUCUCGCGGGUGGACCCAAAUUCCCGCAAAAACACCAUACUGGAGAUUGAGAGACGAGCCACUUCUGGAGGACUCUGGCCUCAGCUUCUAAUUUUCCCCGAGGGAACCUGUACUAAUCGUUCUUGUCUGAUUACUUUCAAACAAGGUGCCUUCAUUCCCGGUGUCCCAGUACAACCCGUUCUGCUGCGUUAUCCCAACAAGUUGGAUACAGUGACUUGGACAUGGCAGGGACCAAAUGCGAAAACACUGUUACUGCAGACCCUGUGUCAACCCUACACCAAUGUAGAAAUAGAGUUUCUUCCACCCUACAUUCCCAGUGAGGAAGAGAAGGCCAUGCCAGCUCUGUUUGGACAUGCAGUGCGUGAUGUCAUGGCCAAGGCCCUGUGCGUGCCCGUAACAGACCACACGUACGAAGACUGUCGUCUGAUGAUCUCGGCCGGGGAGCUGACCCUUCCAAUGGAGGCCGGCCUGGUGGAGUUCACCAAGAUCAGCAGGAAGUUGAAUCUGAAAUGGAACAAUGUGCAGAAGGAAUUGGAGACCUUCGCUGCCAUCGCCCGUUCCUGUAAAGGGGGACGGAUCGGGAUCGAGGAGUUCUCCAGGUUCCUGAAGAUUCCUGUCAGCCCGCCCUUGCAGGAGCUGUUUGCCCUGUUCGACCGGAACAGGGAUGGCAGCAUUGACUUCAGAGAAUAUGUCAUUGGCAUCACUGUCCUUUGUCAGCCUGCAAACACGGAGGAAACCAUUCAGAUGGCGUUUCAGCUCUUUGACACAGAUGAUGACCAGAGAAUCACACAGGAGGAGUUCUCCUCCCUCCUCCGCUGCUCCUUGGGUGUGGCCGACCUGGACAUCUCCAAGCUAUUCAGCGAGGUUGAUGUAGAUAAAUCAGGCUGCAUCUCCUACGAGGAGUUCCAGGCCUACGCCAAGGCCCAUCCAGAGUACGGCAAGCUGUUCACCACCUAUCUGGAGCUACAGCGCUACCAGGCCCUGCAGGAGGCGGAGCCAGCUUACACCACCUCCACCAACCGCGUCAGCCCAGACAAACCCAAUGAAGACAGCACCUCUGACAAGAAAGAUGACUGAGUCCAUGGAGCAGUGAAUCCAAAAGACUGAUGGGAAGUCCUGGCAUUGAUCACUUCUGCCUGAUCGCAGGCAUUUUACAAUGACUGGUCUGGCAGUAAAUGUCAUAGUCUCCUAUUUUAUUUUACCUAACUGGCUUCUGCCUAAUUUAAGUGCCCAGUUGUAGAAUUAGGUCAAUCAAGACUUUUACCAGAGUUUAUGAAGGUGGAGAUUUGGUUCAUGAACAUUUGGGAAAAUGGAACCAAUCUCGCCUUUCAGGUGACUCUGGCCAAUAAUAAUAACGCAGUCAUGCAGUUGCAGAUCAAAAUCUUGCCUAUGUGAUGUCUUAAAAUUUGCGGUUUUUAAAAACUGGCUAGAGGGAGGCCUUAAAAAUGAUUUCAUAAAACUCUGGUCUAGUGACCAAAUCAGCAGCAAAAUUUAAGACCACUUGAAGAAAAGCAAUAAAUUAAUAACUUACACUCAAGCUAACCUUUGUGAAAUAUUGUAAUUGUUGAAUUUUUAAAUAUUUUUUGUGAGGCAAAUUGUACUUAAUAUUAGCUAGUUGGCUUAUUUAAUUAAAACAAUUAGCCACCUAGCAUACAUUGAUCAUUUUUAUGAAGCAGCCCAGUCAAAGAUCAAAUGAUAUUUUUGUAUAAUACUCUUAAUACAUUUCAGUGAUUCAGUGCAUGUUACCAAAGUGACCACUUUAAAACAAACAAAUAAAAACAUAAGAAUAAAAAUGUUGGAAUUAAUUUUACAGUAUCUCAAAUUGUGAUAUUUUGUCCCAUUUGUGGAAGUUUCAUUUGAAUUGGUAACUAGCUAGAUUUUUUCUUAAGUCAAACAAACACAGGGUCUGUCUGGACUGAAGCUGCCGUAAAUGAUACUUGCAAUUCUGCUGAACUAACAGUCUCACUGUAAGCUUUAAAGCACAAAUGCACUGAUUAGGACAAGGUAAAAAAAAAUGUUUUUCUUUUUCUCCCAUUGACUAACAUGAAAAAAACAACUACCUUAUCCUAGAAAAGUAAGCACCCUGGGUCAUGGCUGCAUUUUUGUCAAGAUGGUGACGCAGUGAAAUGGUUUUCCUUCAAAUAAGGACUUUUAGUUUAAGAAACAGAAUGUUUCUGCUAUGAGUAUUUGAACUUUGCAGUAUACUCUAAAUCCCAAUCCUUAUUUUUCAUAAAUGCUCAGACCUGGAUUCAGUCAACAUUUAAUUACAUUUUGUUCAAUUUUGUAUCAUAAUUGAAUGCCAUUAAGUUUUUUAGGUUCAGAGAUAACCUCAGUUAAACACAUUGUUUCUGUGUUGAUGAGCACUAAAACUGGCAUUUUAAAUCACAUUUAAGGAAAAAGGUUGAUUUGAUCCAGGCCUAGAUCUCCAUAGACAGUUAACUAUUGAAUAAGGUGUUCUGGAAAGCAGAAUCAUUUAUUGACCAUAUUAGGAAACACACAUAGCGGUUCCACGUGGAGCCUCCACCUGACACAUGCGGCACAACUUUAGUGUGAAAUCCUCCAGCAGAAGAACAUUUCCAAGGCCAUUUAUGGCACUUUCAGUGUUUUAUAUCUUCUGAUAAUUGUUCUCAGUACAGAGUCCUCAUAGUACUACUGCAAAGAUUCUCCACUGUCCAAAGUUUAAAUGAUCUGAGGAGCAUUCAGCAGGAUGGAUCCUUGGGACCAUGUAAAACAUGAAUAGUAGGUUACAGUAGGCACUGGGCUUAAAUUAAGUUAGUCAGCCUGCCUCGGUUUUUAAAAGCCAAC